AUGGCGUUUUUUAAUAAAAUCUUCUGUAGCUGCUGCGACAAGCCUGAAAAGGAAGAAGGAGAAACAGAUUUAAUGAUUGAGAACAUCCUGGUGAACGCGCGCCUAAUACCAUCGGCGACACACCAUGAGGAGGUUAAAGAGGGCCCAAAAGCUGAGAUUCCAGCGGUGGAAGAGGAUAAAAAGAGCUUAUCGAAAAUCGAUAUUAGUGGCGCUGUGGCAGCCCUGCCACCACCACCGGUAGCGGAUAUAGUUGGAAGCGUUCCCAGGAUCAGCGACUCUUACGACAAACUUAACCUGGGUGCCGGCGUCUACCUUAUUUAUUCGCUGGAACACAACGGAAGUCUCUACUUGCAAUACUCUAACAGGCGUCCUGGCUGUAUGGACGGAAUCUUGGGGUACAUUCGCCCUGGCAAGGAGAUUCUCAGCUACCACUACGAUAACAACGAUGGAAAGUACAUUUUGAGUACCAAUGUGUGCGAGUACAUGCAAAGCAAGUUUCAGCAUGACAGAAAGAAGUACUACGAUGUGUGGCACGAGUUCCUGCAAACUCUGAACUCCUACGGGGGAAGCCUCUAUUUACUUAAGCCCUUCGGCCUCAGUCCCCCUCCAAAGGUAAGACUCGUCCUCUUUUCCAACUCAAAGAAGCCAGAAACCCGCGAUGCUGCCGUUGGUGUGGGCGGCUCCUUGAGUGAGCUCGGCACGUGCAGAGAAGUAGUGUUGAAGGAGAACGAGUUGGUAGGCAUCUUACCAUAUUCGUUAGAUUACAAUUCCAAACUGAUAAAUGGUGUAAAUCGAGUCGAUUUUAGUAAAUUGUGCGAAAAGUAUGGGUCAUUAUUUCAGAGCGCACACCCUCCCACAUAA